ACAUUAGUCACGUCGAUAGCAAUCGUAGGUCAUGAAGCUAUCUCGAGUUGAUCUGGCUUCUAUAUAAUAAUCGGAUUCAACAAAAAACUGCGAUAAUGGCUUUACAUACUAAUCAGAGGGUUCGAGUUCUAAGUAUAAAAUGAGUUUCGGCAAGCUUUAUUGGUAUCCUAAAGCCCCUCGGGCCACGAUGUGUCUCUACAUCGCCGAGCUUAACAAACUCGAUGUAGAAUAUGUUGAAGCCUGGCCCAUCAAGGUUAACCCCAGUAAGGGGGGCGUCGGAGAAGAAUACCUAUCCAAGUUUCCCACGGGAAAAGUCCCGGCACUUGAGCGGCCGAACGGCUUCACUCUUUUUGAAUGCAUUCCCGUUGCGAUAUACCUUGCGAAGCAGAAUCUAAAUACGACCUUACUAGGAUCCAAUUUGGAAGAAGAAGCUACAGCUAUAAAGUGGGCUUCAUUUGCCAACAGCGAAUUGCUACCGACAAUUAUGGCUUGGCUUAACUCCGCUCUGGGCAAGAGUCCCUCAUCUCCCGAAAUCCUUGCGACAGCAGAGAAUAACUGCAACAGCACGAUCAGCGUCGUGGAGAGGGCAUUAGAAGGGAAUAAGUAUCUUGUCGGCGAUCAAUUGACCCUCGCCGACCUCUUCGUAGUGGCUGCCCUAUCGCGGGGAUACCAAGUCGUUUUCGCGAAAAAAUGGACAGAAGUCCAUCCUGUAAUCCACGAAUGGUAUAUGAGGCUUAAGAGUGACCCGAUUUGGAAGAAAAUUGACGGUGAACCAUACGUCCUGGAUCAAGUGGGAGGCAAGGCCAACUAAAUCCACUACCUAGGCAUUUAUAGGAAUGUGGCGGAAAGUUAAAUAAAUUCA